UUGACCACAGUGUGAAGAGAGACAAAAAAAUGGGUCGAGCCACAAGAUGGUUCAGGGGUUUAUUUGGAAUCAAACCUUCCUCAUGUUCCGGCUCCGGCACCAUUUCUAACCGCAUUGACCGCUCUUCGCUCGCUGGAGUGUCUCUAUGUGACAGCUACGAGACCAUACCUCCUAACAUUUCCGAGAGAGAAGCUGCGUGGGUAAGGUCGUUCUACAAGGCAGGGGAGGAGGAGAUAGAGCGUAGAGCGCAUGCAGUUGCGGUUGCUGCUGCCACAGCUGCUGCCGCUGACGCAGCGGUUGCAGCGGCUAAAGCUGCGGCUGCGGUUGUUAGGCUCAGGGGUCAAGGGAAGAGUGGUCCGCUAGGUGUUGGAAACAGCCGUGAGAAUCGUGCCGCUAUGCAGAUCCAAUGUACCUUUAGAGGCUACUUGGCGAGAAAAGCGUUGAGAGCUUUGAAAGGAGUGGUGAAGAUACAAGCUUUAGUGAGAGGUUUUUUGGUAAGGAAGCAAGCGGCGGCCACUCUCCGGAGUAUGGAGGCUCUUGUUAGAGCUCAGGCCACUGUUAAGUUUCAGAGAGCUCUUCGCCGUAUGGGAAACACUGCUCCGGCUAGAAAGUCCACGGAAAGAUUCUCUGGAUCUUUGGACAACCGAAACAACGGCGAAGAGACAGCUAAGAUAGUAGAGGUAGACACAGGGAUCCGACCCGGACACUAUAGAAUCCGAGUACCCGUUUUAUCAGGUUCAGAUUUUUUAGACAACCCGUUUAGACGCACGCUCUCUUCACCGCUCUCUGGCCGUGUCCCACCGCGUUUAUUAAUGCCUAAACCGGAAUGGGAGGACUGCAGCAGUAAAUUCCCGACGGCGCAAAGCACACCUCGUUACGCCGGAGGGUCUCCGGCAAGAAACGUGUGCUGCUAUGGCGGAGGAGUAGAAGCUGAAGCUGAGGCGGAGGUGGAUGCUCACCAGUUGUGCUUCUUGUCGGGAGAGUUUCAUUCGAACUUUACGGCAGAUACAACUUCUUUUAGGGGGAGAAUGAGGUCGCAUAGCGCGCCGAGACAGAGGCCGGGGAUUAAUGCGGCCGGAAGCGAAUGGAGGAGGAGUGUUGGUGGAAAUGGCGGUGUUCGGGGGCAGAGACCGUCAUGUUCUGGUGUCCGAGAGGCCGUGGUCGGGAAUAUCGAAAGACGUAAGGCUCAUUGGUGAUUCUUGUUCCAAUGAUUCCUGUCUUUUUAGUCUUCGUUCAUUUUAUUUAAUAUCGUUUUUUUCAGUAGACUAUUGAAUAUUGCCAUUUUGUAAUAUCGACCAAAUGAAACCAUCGUCGUUCCUUGUUUUGGGGUUAUAACUUUUUCUUGCGAGGUUGAUUAUUUAUAUUUGCGAAUGUAGCAUGUAUGCAGAUCUUAAACUCUUAAU